AUGGCAGCCACCACCACGCUCCGUCUGGUCGCCCAACCGGGCAAGACGACGCCGCAACCUUUUGGCGUGCUCGCCACCGCGCUCGCUUUGCCCUCUUCGUCGAGCCACUCUGUCAAUUUGGAAUGGGUUCACUCCUUGCCCGAGGGAGCCAAUGCGGUGCAACUUGUCUUGGAUGGGUCAGUGUCUGCUCCUACUGGGUGGGAGGGGGAAAGGAAGCAAUAGGAUCAGCUAGCUAGCAGGUGGCCUAUCUCGUCGACGGGGACCGUGGACUUGCUGUGCAACCCUCAUUCCGAGAAACUCAAAACUGACGUGCUGUACGCAUUGGACAGUAAAAUCACUCUUGGACCGAUCGAAGCCCAACAGGCACUCGCGAACGCUUUCGCACCCGAGGGCAUCUACGGUUCCGACAAGGACGAGUCCGCUCAGGUCCGUCAUGGACAUCUUGCAUUCCGCUCACACCUCUCCAUCGCCUGAUGAUCGUGUCAACAACCUCAUCACAGAUCACUGCCCUGUUGCUCUCCCUGCCUCCCCACCCUCCCGCACUGCCGACCGCGCUCAAACUCCUGUCCGCGCUCGAGCGCCGUCUCACCCUGCGUACCUACCUCGUCGGCCACACCCCCACCGUCGCCGACUACGCCGUAUGGGGCCACCUCCGUGCGAACCCCAUCGCGCUCGGUGUGCUCGCCAAACCCGGCGUACCCCACACCGCGCGUUGGUACGCCCACCUCACCAACUUGGACCCCUGCCAAACCGCGGUCUCGACCAUCUUCCAGCAGGCCAAGCUCAAGGCGCCCAGUGCGAACAAGGCCGACGACAAGAAGGACGACGGCGCGAACGCGACCUUUGAACUCGGUCUCCCCAACGCCGUCAAGGGUCAAGUCGUCACCCGUCUUCCUCCCGAACCUUCGGGAUACCUCCACAUCGGUCAUGCCAAGGCCGCUAUCCUGAACCAAUACUUUGCGCGCAUGUACGAAGGCCGUUUCCUCAUCCGGUUCGACGACACGAACCCGAGUAAAGAAAAGGCCGAGUUCGAAGAGUCCAUCAUUGAGGAUCUGGCCCUCUUGGGCGUCAAGGCCGAUGCGACGAGUUAUACGUCCGAUUACUUUGAUGUGCUGCAGAGGUACUGCGUGCAAAUCAUCAAGCAAGGCAAUGCGUAUGCCGAUGAUACCGAGCAGGAAAAGGUGCGUUCAGGCGGGAGCUCGUUCAAGUAGGAUUUAGAACUUCGGACCCUGAGCCUACAGUCGUCGCCAAUACCCACAGAUGCGCGAUCAACGCAUGAAUGGUGUCCCUUCGGAGCGUCGUGACGCCUCAGUCGAGGAUAACCUCGCUCAUUUCGCCGAGAUGGCGACCGGGUCCGACGAAGGUCGUCGGUGGUGCAUCCGCGCCAAGAUCUCGGUCGACGAUCCCAACAAGGCGAUGCGUGAUCCGGUCAUCUAUCGCUGCAACCUCCUUCCCCAUCAUCGAACGGGGACCAAGUACAAGAUGUACCCUACCUACGAUUUCUGUUGCCCCAUCGUCGAUUCGUUGGAAGGCGUUACCCAUGCUUUGAGGACGAACGAGUACAGGGAUCGUAACCCUCAAUACCAAUGGAUGUUGGCCACGCUCGGAUUGCGUCGCGUCGAGGUAUGGGAUUUCGGUCGUCUCGCCUUCGUUUACACCUUGUUGUCCAAGCGCAAGCUCAAGUGGUUCGUCGAGGAAGGUCACGUACGAGGAUGGGACGAUCCUCGGUUCGCGACCGUUAGGGGUAUCAGGCGAAGGGGGAUGACGAUCGAGGCCUUGACGCAGUUCAUGUUGAUGCAAGGUCCGAGUCAGGCCUUUACGAAUCUGGAGUGGGACGUGUUUUGGUCAUUGAACAAGAAGGUCAUCGAUCCUAUCGCACCGAGGUUCACGGCGUUGGAGAAGAAGGAUUUGUGCGUCGAUCUUGAAAGCGGUUUGUGUUGUGAAGGUGUUGGUUCGACUGACGGAUAUCCUGUUUGUUUUUUUGACAUCCGAUAGGGUCAAAGUCAAGAUCACUGGGGGUGAAGGGUUGCCCACGAAUGGGCCGGAAUCCAAGUCGAUGCCUAAACACAAGAAGAACGCCGAAGUCGGUGAAAAGACGACUUGGUUCGAUUCGACGAUCUACGUCGAACAAGUCGAUGCCAUCACCUUUGCGCAAGGUGAGGAAAUCACUCUGAUGGAUUGGGGGAACGCGUUCGUUCGUUCGAUUCAACGUGCCGGUGGAGCGCCGGAGGGGAAGGUUGAAACUAUCGAGAUGGAGUUGAACCUUUCCGGCGAUUUCAAAAAGACGAAGAAGAAGAUCACUUGGUUGGCAUCACCUUCCUCCAACGACGGUUUGCGAGCGUUGACGAAAGUGACCUUGUUGGAUUACGACUACCUCAUCUUUAAGAAAAAGAUGGAAGAGGACGACAAGUUCGAGGAUUGGUUGACUCCUCAAACCGAAUUCAGGACCGAGGCGUUCGCGGAUGUCAAUGUCGCUGGAUUGGAGAAGGGGACCAUUAUUCAGUUCGAGAGGAAGGGGUUCUAUAUCGUUGACAAGGCGGUCAAGGACGGUGGGGAGGAGGGGGCGGAGUUGAUUCUGAUUCCGGACGGCAAGGUGUCGACUGUGGUGAGUAAGCACGAGGCGGCGUUGAAUGCGGCUGCGGCUGCUUCAAAGCCCAAGGGUGGGGAGGACAAGGCGGGCAAGGCGAAGAAGGAGGACAAGAAGGCCAAGGGCGGGGAGAAGAAGCAAAAAAAGGUUGAGGCGGCGACGACGACGACGGCGACGAGGGGUUUACCUGAUCUGGCACCGGAGGAGCCCAAGGAGAGCGUCUUGCUUUCGGAUGGCAAGGAGGGGUUCGAGCAGAAGGUGUUUACCAAGAUGUUCAAGGUGCCUUCCGUUUGUGAGUCCUGGUUCCACUUUCCUUUGCGCGUGUGGGGAACAAGAUCAGAACGGCUGAUGGAUUGCUUUCUUGCGUCUGCCUAGAUGGGGAGGACGGCGUCGAUGCCCCGGCGACGACCAAGAUGUUUGCGGUCAAACCGGUUUACCAGCAGUAG